AUGUCUUCUUGUAGCAGAACGAUCCCUGGACUGGAUGCUUCUGGGGAAGAGAAUUUUGAUGGAUUCGGCGAUACCGGAGAUAUCGAUGCAACGGAAUCACUACUGGACAUUGGGAUGGAAACAGAGGAAGAAGAGUUGGGGGAAGAAUCACCCAAUGAAGAGGACGGUGAACAGAACGGCAGUGCUGAACAUGUAGUGUUUGGUCGUGCACAGAUAUUGGAGAUGGAGUUCGCAAACCCGGAUGAGGCGUGUCGUUUUUAUGAGCAAUAUAGUCGAGCAAAGGGUUUUGCGAUGCGUCAAGGAAAGAAACUAAAGAAUAGGAAGGGUGAAAUCGUGCGAUACACGUAUUUGUGCAACAGAGAAGGAUUCAGAGAUAGAAAAUGGCUUGAGAUGCAGGAUCGAAAGAGGGAGCACAAGGUUGUUACUCGAUGUGGAUGUCAGGCAGAGAUGAGGAUAAAGCAAAAAGCCGAGAGCAACAAUUGGUAUGUGUCUCGUUUUGUUGAUGAGCAUAACCACGACCUUCUCCCGGCAAAGUUUGUGUCAUACCUGCCAGCAUAUAGGAAAAUAUCCGAUGUUGAUAGAGCCCACAUGGAGAGUUUGAGGCAGGUUGGGGCUGAGCAAAAUAUGUGUGAUCUGUUUUGGAGCGACGGGCGUAGUCAGGAUGAUUAUAAGUUAUUUGGUGAUGUUUUGGCAUUUGAUGCGACUUACGGGCGAAACAAGUACAAUUUGCCAGUGAUAGUGUUCUCCGGGGUGAACCACCAUAACCAAACAUGUGUCUUUGGCGCAGCCAUGGUGUCUUCUGAAACACAAGCAUCGUAUGAAGUGUUUCCAGAAGCUCAUCACAGGCUCUGUGCGUGGCACCUACUAAAAAAUGCAACUGUGAAUGUGUGCAAGCCUCGAUUCACAACUCUGCUUAGAAAUUGCAUGCUUGCCGACGUGGAGGUGGAGAAGUUUGAAAGGCAAUGGGAGGCAAUGAUGGAUGAGUGUCUUGUUAGGGAAGUAGAGUGGGUAAAGGAUUUAUACACGAAGAAGAUGGCAUGGGCUACCGCUUACAUACGCGGUUGCUUUUAUGCUGGCUUGAGGACGACAUCACGAUGUGAGUCACUGCAUGCAAAGAUGGGGAGGUUUGUGGAGAGGCGAUAUGGAAUAUUGGAUUUCGUGACGAACUUCCAACGGUGUGUUGAAUUCUUGAGAGAUAAUGAGGAAGAGCUUGACUUUAGGUCGUUGUACGGGAGCCCGGUUCUUCAAACUCAGUUUCCGGAGCUAGAGAAGUCUGGUGCAGUGAACUACACGAGGGAAAUAUUCUUGCGUUUUAGAGAGGCCCUAAAAAGUAGUGUUCGGGUUACUAUCGUGGAGUGCAAGAAAUUGGAGGAUCGGACAGUUUAUGUGACACAAAAGUAUCGCAGGCCGCAAUCCAGGUGGACUGUUGCCCACCACUUUGGGACGGAUUCCUUUUUUUGUAGUUGUAUGAGGAUGGAGUCGUUCGGACUACCUUGCGUUCACAUACUUGCAGUGUUGGUCCAGUUAGACAUAGGUUAUCUUCCAAAAAGCCUGGUGUUGCAACGGUGGUCGAAGACAGCCAAAGUUGAGAUCGAGGGCCCUUCCAUCAUGAAUGAACCGGGUGAAGCGAAUGAGGUAUAUAGGAGCCGCAUGGGUGCUUUCCUGCAGCAUUGUAAGCGGUUGGCAAGAGUUGCGUGUAUGCGAGAGAGUGAUUUCAAGAGCUGCUUGGAUAGGAUAGUUGAGGAAACUUAUGUGUUAGAGAUGAAGAAUGGUGUUGGGACCGCUGCCCAAGGGACUGCCGCCGGUGGCCAAGAUGGAGUGCGUGAUCCUGUUGCAGUUCGGACUAAGGGAACAGGGCGUGCGCAAGAGCCUUUUGGUUGUAGGGGCAUAAAGAGGCGUAAGUGCAGCAACUGUGGAGUAGUGGGCCAUCGUCGAACCCGUUGCCCGAGUGGUCCAUGUAGCCAGCCGGUGUGUACCCAGGACCUCGCUGAAGGUGCUUUAGGGCGGGAUGAUUCACAGAGCCAUGGCACGGUGUCCGGCAACGACAAGCAAAGUAAGAGUCGAAGGAGGACCGUGCAUGUAACUUCAACCCCUUUGCACGAUGCAUGA